AUGGGGAAUGCAGCUACGAAGGAGGCAAGGCCGUCGGGCCUCAGACAUGGACAGUCCCGUACAUUUGACCCAGACUCUUCUCACACCGGAGAAUCGAACGUACCUGACCUGUCGUUCUUAGGUCUCUCUGGCAAUAACGAUAGGGGUACUUUGGCUUCGGAGCCUCGGCGGGAAACGAGGCAGGAAAGAGAAGCUCGAAAACGUGAAAAGGAACGGGCCGCAAGACUCAAGGAGAGAGAACGGAGUAUGAAAGAGGAACAUGUGGACGGGGGCUAUCUCGUCACACAGGGUGUCUAUGUUGGCACCGAGGAUUUCAAUAAACCCAUAGUGAGGCAGUUAAUGAUUGAGCGGCGGAUCGCCCCAUUCUGGAGAGGGCUAAACGACUUCUCGACAUCCUGGGCAGAACAUCAGAUUAUGGCUGCCGCUCGAGGCCUCCCCAUCCCUCCGGCGGAUGAAGUCCCACCAGAGCUCGAGUACAGAGCAGCCCCGGUAUCCCAGGAAGAUAGACAAAGCGAGAAAUUCCUAAACAACCUAAACAGCCUAACAGUUCCAAUUACAUCAAGGUCUCAGUCGUUCAAUUCAGACAGUUCUGCAGGCGCGCGGAAAACCCCUCCGCAGUCACAAUCACCCGUUACCGCGAACUCGUCGUCUGGCUCGCAACUUUUCCGAGGACGGGCCAAGACCCUUGCAUCGUUAACAACGUCAUCCAAAUCUAAUGCAAAUAUGGCACCUCGUGAAUUUCAGCUCCCUAACGAUCCAUUUGUGAACGGCCAGCCGAUCGAAGUCUAUCUCUAUAAAGACCCUAUAGAAUGCCCUAUCUGUUUCCUUUACUAUCCGCCAUACCUAAACAAAACGAGAUGUUGCGAUCAACCCAUUUGUUCUGAAUGCUUCGUGCAAAUUAAACGAGCAGACCCGCACCCUCCUGAACACGAGCAGCCGGGAACAAACCCACCCCGGCAAGCUGAAUCACAGUCUAACGACACUGACCACCAACUUGUAACCGAGCCAGCAGCCUGCCCGUUUUGCGUGCAGCCCGAGUUUGGUGUAACAUAUGCACAACCACAAUUCCGCCGGGGCCUCGCGUACGCCCCGGGUCACAACGCUCACCCUCUUGCAACGGUAGCUUCGCCGAUGUCGUCGUCAAGUUCAUUAAAUUCAGCGAAUGCAAGUCCUGGAGUGAACGGGUCCCGGCGACGAGCCACAUCUUUGUCUGCAGACGCGCCAGGGGUCAUUACAACAGAUAAGAUUCGACCCGACUGGGCACAGAAGCUAGCUACUGCACGGGCGAAUGCUGCAAGACGAUCAGCUGCUGCCACAGCUCUACAUACUGCAGCAUACCUAGUGAAUACCACUCCCGGGUCCAACAGCGAAUCAAGAAACUUGGCAAGUAUUGGCAGGAGGACUCUCCUACGUAGAGGGACUGGAAAUGACAGUCCAACUAGUCGAAAUAACAACUCCUCAACCCACGUUAAUGCGUUUGCUUAUUUAGCUGAAAGACGGGCAACUGAGGCUACUGGCAAUAAUGGCGAAGAAAUUACUGGCGCUCUGGCUCCUCCGAGGGCCAGCUCAAGACGGGAAAGGAGCAGAGCAGAAGAAAUAGAGGAGAUGAUGGUGAUGGAAGCUAUCCGGCUCAGCCUUACCUCUGAAGAAGAGAGGCGGAAAAAGGAGGAGAAGGAGGCUAAGAAGGAAGCUAAGAAACGAGACAAAGAGGCGAAGAAGGCUGAAAAGUUUGGCAACCAGAAUGGAGCUUUCAGCAAUAUUGGAAAUAAUACACCUUUGGAAGUCAUUGCGCCUUUUGCGACAGGCAUCACCAGCUUUGAACCGGAGUCUUCGGGGAACACCUCUUCGUUAGACAAGGGCAAGGGGGUAGCCCGCACAGUUGACCAAAUGGACGGAGAAAAAUCAAAGGAACAGCCUAGAUUGAUGAUAAAGACCCCUCUGGAGGGCGAACCCUCCUCCAGCCUACCUGGAAGCUCCUCCAUCACAGACCCUUCAACCAAAGCACAUCUACGACCGCACUCAAGCGCCUCAUCGUCCGACAUAUCUCUAGUGGAAUCCGCAUUUGACGACCAGAAGGAUACCGGCACUCCCAAUGGCUCAACCCCCAACAUUGACGCCGUGUUUAACUUCCGCAGUCUCGCUGCUAUGGUUGGCGAUGCUGAAAACGCAGACCAAACACAUACUGAGAACCCAGAUCACCCAGUUUCCUGCAGCAGCCCAGCUGACGGUGCUGAGAAUUGUGGCCCUCGGUGCGAAAGCUCAAAGGCACCGGAGUGUCCCUUGCAAGGGAAAGAAGCACAAUCCCAAUCCGCUGAAGUUUCUUCUCAGUCCCCCCUGGGUUCCGUUUAG